AUGGAGACGUCGAUAGAUUUCAGCGCUCUCUUUCUGACAACUAACAUGUCUGGACAGUUUAGGAUUAUCCCUUCGUUUGCUUUUCAGAUGGAAAAAAUUCCUUUACUGAUAUUUGGAUUGAAGAUUGUUGAGCCUGGAUAUUUGGGUAUUAUAAACUGUCAACAUCGGUUCUGUUACGCGUUAGCACCUGUUGACAAAAUACCGGAGGAAAAUAAAAUAAACUUAGCAGCUGAGACGUUAGGCUUCAAGGGUGAAUUUAACCGAUCAUACUUAACUAACGAGCAUGACCCGCCCGUCAUUCCAUCAGCGUAUUCUGACGAUGAAGAUGAAGACGAACAGCUGGAAAUUGAAAAUGAAGAAUACGUAUUGAAAAAUAACAAAUAA